AUGGCGGACAAGGAAGCGACCGUUUUCAUCCUCGACCUUGGCGCGUCGAUGGGCAAGUCUCACAGCGGCCGCAGUGAAUCUGACUUGGACUGGAGCAUGCGCUAUGUUUGGGACAAAAUUACCGACAUUGUAUCUGCGAACCGAAAGACAUUGUGUAUUGGCGCAGUUGGCUUGAGGACUGAUGGAACUAUGAACAAGCUGAUGGACGAGGACGGUUACGACAACAUCUCCGUGCUGCAGGAGCUUGGACCAAUGACCAUGACAUCUCUCAAGACUCUACAGACGAGUAUCAAACCGAGCAAAACGUUUGAUGGAGACGCCAUUUCCGCUAUUGUUGUCGCUGUUGACAUGAUUGAUACUUUCACCAAGAAGCUCAAAUGGAAUCGCAAGAUUGUCAUGAUCACUGAUGCGCAAAGCGGCAUUGACCCUGACGAUAUCGGGGAUAUUGCUCACAAAAUCAACGACUCCAACAUUCAUCUAACUGUCCUUGGCGUGGAUUUUGACGAUCCCGAAUAUGGCUACAAGGAAGAAAAUAAAUCUCCAGCCAAGGCGGAGAAUGAGAAAACACUCAAAGCCUUGACCGAUCAAUGCACCGACAGUGUCUUCGCAUCCAUUGUGGAGGCCAUUGACGAGAUCGACACCCCUCGUGUAAAACAGGUCAAACCGUAUAAGAGUUAUGACGGCACCUUGGUCCUUGGUGAUCCGGAUAAAUUCCCGUUCGCCAUGAGCAUCAAUGUCGAACGCUAUUUCAAGACACAUCUGGCCCGGCAAAUGACAGCCAGCACUGUGGUGCUCAAGUCUGAGUCAGGAGGGACACAAUCUACACAAACUUUGGAGGAGGAGCCCAUAAAUGACGUCGAAUUUUCGGCCGUCAAACAGGCGAGAACAUACAAAGUCAAUGCACCUGAUGCACCUGGAGGCAAAAAGGAUGUCGAGUUUGAAUCCCUGGCCAAAGGCUUCGAAUAUGGAAGAACCGCCGUGCACAUCAGCGAGUCGGAGCACAACAUCACAAAGCUCGAGACAAUAAAGAGUUUCUCCAUAGUUGGAUUCAUUCCGUGGGAAAAAUACGAGCCUUUUCUAAGUAUGGGUGAAGUAUGUGUUACCCAUGCCAAGAAGUUUGAUGAGAAGUCUGAGCUGGCCAUGUCUUCGCUUGUCUGGGGCCUCAAUGAGCUUGAGUCGUAUGCGAUUGCUCGACUCGUCACCAAAGAUGGUAAAGACCCAACUCUAGUGCUUCUUGCUCCUGGUCUCGAGCCUGAGCUAGAAUGUCUCUAUGACGUUCCCCUCCCUUUUGCUGAAGACAUCAGGGCGUAUAAAUUCCCUCCGUUAGACAAAGUUGUCACCGUGACAGGGCAAACACUGACUACACACCGCUUAUUACCAACGGAAGAGCUCACAGAAGCCAUGGGAGAGUACGUUGAUGCGAUGGACCUGGACUCGUACGGAAUGGAUGAGAACGGUGAACCGGCCGAAUUUGCGCCUUUUGACGAAACCUACAAUCCAGUCAUCCACCGCAUAAAUAAUGUUGUCAAACAGCGGGCAGUACAUCCCGAUCAGCCGAUUGAUGACAUUCCUUCGAUACUACUCCGAUACGCCAACCCUCCACAGGAUUUGAUCGAUCGAGUGCAAGAUCGCAUAGAAGAUCUUAUCAAGGAGGCCGAUGUCAAGAAAGUACCUCCGAAAGCAAAAGGAAGACGCAACAAGGAAGCCGUCAAGCCGCUUUCCGGCCUUGACGUGGAUGCACUGCUUGGAGAGGACAGCAAAGGCCAAAUCACACCCGAGAAUGCCGUGCCUGAUUUCAAGCGUGCCAUGGCAACAUCGGAGGAGAUUUCGGAUAUUCAAAGCGCUGCCAAGCAAAUGGGAGGAAUCAUUGAGUCACUAGUCACGGACAGCUUCGGUGACUCGAAAUAUGCUCGAGCUGUUGAGUGUAUCGGGGUAAUGCGGGAAGAGCUGAUCAAUAUGGAGGAGCCCGAAAUGUACAAUAGCUUCGUGCGGGAGCUCAAAAAGAGUCUUCUGUCCGGCACCCUUGGCGGCGACAGGCGAGACUUUUGGUUCAAGCUGCGCUGGUCGCGCCUGGGGUUGAUCGAGCAGAGCCAGUUGGACACUUCCAAAGUCACGGCCGAGGAAGCAGACGAGUUUUACAAGUCUAGAUAG